AUCAGUAGUUAUAAAUUUCUGUAUUUUGAUUCUAUAGUUAAUUUUUUUUAUCCUGUUAUUUCCAAACAUUUUAAGAAUAACCCUAACUAUUAAUUAUUUUGAUGAAAGAUAAUAGCGUGACCUUUUCAAAUUAUUUUACUGAGUUCUUAAGGAUAUUGUAGGAGGAUGACAUUUUAAAUGGAAAGAACGAGAGAGAAAAAAUCCGAGAAGUUUUUAAUGAGGUUCGAUUUUAAUAAAUAAGUAUUAAACUGUUUUGUUACGGACCAUAUUGUAAAUUUUCAACCGAAAUAUUUAUCAAGCAGAAUCAGCACCGGUCAUCGCACAAUCAGAGCUGCUUAAUUCCCCAACAACCGGUAAAUCCUACCCCUCAUCUUCCGCGCUCCAAACCCAAAACCACGUUGAUAAAUUUCCCAGACGGCUAGCCUCCCUCCAGUAGAGAGCUGUAGAAAAUUGAUGCCCACAUAUAUAUCAUAGUGUUUCUUCUCUCUACCGCGACACCGCACCAUACCUUAUAUGCGUGACAACAACAGCGGCAGCAGCUGCUGUGAUUAAUCAUUUAAUCAAAUUAUUAUUUUUCGAUUCCGAUCGUGUUAGGGAUUGUGGAUAUCCCUGCUUCAAAUGGAUAAUUACAGUUUUCAUGAUGGUAAUAUCUAUAAUCUGCUAGAGAGCAGAUACCUCGAUGUUCGUCCUGAUGUUGAUCGCAGUUUACAAAUGCAUUCCUCAUUGAUACGGAGACUCUCCCAAGAAAGAGAAUUGGAGGUUACCUGGAUGCAUCAGGGUUGUGUCAAUUCCAUAGCCUGGAAUUCUAAAGGUUCACUCUUGAUUUCUGGAUCAGAUGACAUACGGGUGAAUAUUUGGAGCUACACUGGUCGAAAGCUUUUGCUUUCUAUAGAUACUGGGCAUUCUGCAAAUAUAUUCUGCACUAAAUUAGUUCCUGAAACAUCUGACGAGCUUGUGGUUUCUGGAGCUGGAGAUGCAGAAGUUUGCUUAUUUAAUUUUUCUCACUUAAGUGGGAGGGGUCCUGAUGAUAAUUCUAUUGCUCCAUCAGCAUUGUAUCAAUGUCAUACAAGAAGAGUGAAAACAUUAGCUGUUGAAGUUGGAAACCCUAAUGUGGUCUGGAGUGCAAGUGAAGAUGGAACACUUAGACAGCAUGAUUUUCGGGAGGGUGCUGCAUGUCCACCAGGAGGAUCUUAUCCCCAUGAAUGUCGCAAUAUUCUGCUUGAUUUGCAGUCUGGAGCAAAAAGAUCGUUAGCUGAUCCUCCGAAACAAACCCUUGCUCUGAAAUCUUGUGACAUCAGUACCAGUCGACCUCAUUUACUCCUGGUUGGUGGGAGUGAUGCCUUUGCUCGAUUAUAUGAUAGAAGGAUGCUGCCUCCACUGACUUCCCAUAGGAAAAGGAUGAACCCGCCUCCUUGUGCUAACUAUUUCUGCCCAAUGCAUCUUUCUGAGCAUGUCAGGAGUUCAAGCUUGCACCUUACUCAUGUUACAUUUAGUCCAAAUGGGGAUGAGGUUCUCCUCAGUUAUAGUGGAGAGCAUGUAUAUUUAAUGAAUGUGAAUUACAGGCUUCGUCGCCUUUGUUUGUACUAUGAAGUUUCUUGUGUGGAUUUUGAAGUCAAAACAAUACUAGCUUCAGAUAUGAUCUACAAUUUGAUAGAUGGUGGUCGUGAUUUGUCUGGGGGGACUGCUGUUCGAUAUACUAUGGGAGAUGCUUCAAAAUUGAUGACAAUCGGCCCUACAUACACUCAAUGGUCUAGAGCUGCAACCACUAUCAUCUUGCUAGUUUUCUUGGGCAAAGAGAUAGCUUCCAUGGAUGUAGAAUACCACCAUUGCCUCGUCAAUGGGGCUCUAUUUGACCAUAAUGAAAAUGAUACAUUAAAAGAUUCCAGACUUCUGUAUGUGUUUGUAGGUGAUAGUUACUCGGGGAAUGCCUUAUGUGUUAGGUUUGAAGAAUGCUGUGACCCCUUUCUCCUGGAAAAGUUAAUCCGUCAUCCUGCCAUUUUUCUUAGGAGUUCUCUAGUUCUGUGUGUCCAGACAGGUGAUUACGUGGCCAGUGGAAGUGAUGAUGGUAGAUGGUUUGUUUGGGAGAAGCAAACUGGUAGAUUGAUAAAAAUGCUUCUUGGAGAUGAAGCUGUUGUGAACUGUGUCCAGUGUCAUCCAUUUGAUUGUGUUGUGGCAACCAGUGGGAUUGAUAGCACCAUAAAGAUCUGGACUCCAAGUGCUUCAGUUCCAUCAAUUGUGGCUUGGGGAGCAGCUGGACCAGAAAUUUCUAAUGUGUUGGAAGCCAUGGAAAGCAACCAACGAAGGUUAUGCCAUAAUCGUGAAGCUAUCCUCCCCUUUGAGCUUCUAGAGCGGUUUCGGAUGCAUGAAUUCACUGAAGGAACUUUGCACCCUUUUGAGUGUGCUCAGAGCUAAUCGGGCCUGUGCUGUUGAGCCUACAGUUAAGUUUAUGCAUUCAUUCAUGAGAGAAUGACUUAAAUAUUCAUACUCUUAUGUGUAAGUAUCUACUAUAAUCUUAUUUUGAUUUGCAGUUUAUACCAUUGACUUUUUUUUUUCUUUUUUUUACUACUAUUAUUAUAGCUUCUGUGGCUGAAACACGUAGUCGAUAUGAAGGUUUGUUGCUUCAACACAUUGAAACCGUUGUUAGCUGGCAGACUAUAAUUCUUAGAGCGAGAGAGAAUAAUACAGACAUAAAAGUUAUGCCACUUGCACGAACCCAAAACUAUCACCAAAGGAAAAUUUUUGCUGAAAUGAAAGCCCUAUCCACAAUUAUUUAUUCCAUUUCUAUGAUUGUUUUCUUCACUUAAACCCUUUUACAUUGUGUACCAUAUUUUAAUAUUUUUUUAGAGACAAGUUGUUUUGCAUGUUUAACGAAGUAUAUUCCAGCAAAAUAAUGAACAUCAAGCUAUGGUUUAAUUUGGAUUAUGAAAAGCGUAGCAGAUCAAAUUAAAUGAAAGUUAUGCAUAAUGGAAACAUGAUGAAGGAGCAUAAACUAAAAAAUUGAAGUUACCUUUGUUAUUUGGAUUCAAAAGCAAGGAUUGUAUGGGUCACAAGGUCUUCAGUUGCAGCAAAAGAUUGGAUCUGUUCUGGACCUGAGUUAUUGCCAAUUGCUCGAACCCAAAACUAUCACCAAAGGAAAUUAUAUCUUUGAACUUCCUGAUUUUUCUAAUCAUAAUGUUGCAGAUUACCAGCUGAAGUUCAAGUGGAGCCUUUCUCCUUGAGCAAGAAUAUAAAGGCGAAGGUGUCUGCAACAUAAUUUGUGUAGGAAAUUAGUUGGCCAUGUAAGCUGUAAAGCCUUAUGCGGGUUCCCAUGUCUUAAUAAAGCGUCGUCAGUGUUAAAUUAUAUCUAGAGCUGGCUAUGAAGGUAACUGCUUUCACCUCGUAAUUUUUUAGAGGCUUCUGUUUAUUGCUGUAUUUAAUGAAAAAAUUCCUGUAUAGUAUUGAUGGAAAUAUUUUCCGUGUAAAAGCAGAUAAUUUUACUUUUAAAUAAGUUUGAAUUACUGAAUUCUGCAUCUACUA